AUGGACAUGGCUAAGCUACGGGAAGGCAAGAAAGAUGGAUGGUCUCCGACGCAGAAUCCGCAUGAAUUUGGAAAGAUUGCAGACGACGAACUCCAAUGCUUUAUGCGGAUGAGAAAAAUAUGUUAUGCCUUAACGCACGAAAAGACUAUCUUCGCAGAGGUUCUGAGUGGAGGCUUUGGGGACAGGCUCGUGAGGCAGUUUGUCAACGUGCCCAUCGAAUGGCGUGGUAAGAAAGGCAACAAUCGUCAAGGCAACGACGGAAAAGCAGAGAAAUCGAUCAAGCGAGCAGAAAAAUGCAUAGAGCAAAAGCACGCGACGGAAGCCGCGAAGAACCUUGCAGCGACAGCAGGUCAGGAGGCCAAUACCGUUAACGCCGAUGUCACGUCUACGGCGAAGAAGGCCAGCAAUGCAAGCAACGCACGCGCAUCGAAGAAGCUUGAGCUGCUGAUGAAUGGUGUAGUUAGAGAGGCAUUCGUUCUUGGGAUUAUGAUUCUGGACCUCUAUAUCGGACUUCUGGUCGACGAAGAGGAGGAGGAUGAAGAGCAAAACAUUCGACGCAUCCCCCAGCGCCCGAUUUACCGCCUGAUUCAAGCUUUCCCGGCUAAUUAGUUCAGCAGGAUCCGCAGACACAGCCGCUGUUAGCUCGCCUUCCUCUAGG